AUGGCGCAAGCGAGCCUAUCUUCCACGGAGCCGCCGCCCUCGUCGGGUCAUCACUCCACAAACUUCCUGCGCAAGCUCUUCGGACGAAACAAUGCGGCUCCGGCACCCGUCGGCCCGCUCCAGGCCAAGGAGCCCGAGCCCGAACCUGAGCCUGAGCCCGACUCCGACGACCCGCAAAGUGCAGGCCUGGUGCGCCGAGUCUCUAGAAAAGUCGUGCCCGGACUUCCUCGGGUGCAGACCUUCAAACGCCAACAGUCAGAGCGUAGAAACAAUCUUGCACCAGUUGAGCCUUCUCCGGCAGAGAGGCGAGCUUUAUCGGUGGACAGACGCGUGCAGUCGUCACGUACGGCGUCACAGGUUCAGUCGUUCCCUCGAGCUAGCGCCCCGGAUUUCCUCGAAAAUGCCUACGAGGUCCAGUCCGCCCCUUCUGCCCCGGCCAGCCCUGUCGAGGAAAAGGCCGAAGCCAGCUUGAAUCAGAUGGUAGCUCCAGCAUCAGCACCCACUGACGACGAUUGUCAUGUGCAUGAAUUGCAGUCGAAUUCCGAUGCGCAUUCAGUAACGACAUCUCAAUCGCAUUACGAGGCUAUGAUUCACGAUGAGCUCGAAACCACUUGGAUUCUCAACCUCAGCAUGCAUUUCCGGGAUAAGUCCAAGAGGGAAAAGUUCUUUGUGACCUAUCGAGAAACGCCGACCCUCUGGCGUCGGGUAACCAUUUCUCUCGAUUAUCGCAAUGCCCCGGACAACUCUCUCGAAUUGGACUUGAUGCAUACCAAGUCUCAACGCGACAAGAGCUCAAAGAUCUACGAAGCCAUCAGAGAUAGCUUGCAAGACAUCCAAUUUUAUCAGUCCGUGACCAACCUAAAGCUACAGACCACUGAUGGUCGAUUGCAUGUUCAUGUGGUUGAGGACGUAAACGAGAUCAUUCAAUACCCUACUGUUCGCCAAGUGCAACACCUGGGCUGUCGGAGGAUAAGGGAAAAAGACAUUGAUUUUGAUUCUCACAUGUCUGGUUUUGUUUACAAAGUCAGCGUUGGUGGCGAGGUACUCAUCAAGAAAGAAAUACCAGGCCCCGACACCAUCGACGAGUUUCUUUACGAGAUCAACGCCUUGAAUCGACUUCGGUAUUCGAGGAACAUUAUUCGAUUCUACGGUGUUGUUGUUGAUGAUGAUGAUGAGCACGUUAAAGGGCUGCUCAUCAGCUAUGCCGUCCACGGUGCUCUCAUCGACGUCAUCUAUGACAAUCGACAGGACUCCGAGUUGGGUCUGCCGUGGCCGAUUCGAGAGAAGUGGGCGCGUCAGAUCGUGCAAGGACUGGCGGAUAUUCACGAAUCUGGCUUCGUACAGGGCGACUUCACCCUUUCGAAUAUUGUCAUCGACGACGAGGACAACGCCAAAAUUAUCGACAUCAACAGACGAGGCUGCCCGGUAGGUUGGGAGCCUCCAGAAGCAACACCGCUUAUCGAGAGCAACCAGCGCAUCUCCAUGUACAUUGGUGUCAAGUCCGACCUCUACCAACUCGGCAUGGUUCUAUGGGCAUUGGCAGCACAGGAUGAUGAACCUGAGGCUCAGGGACGACCCUUGCAGCUCACAGAGGAGCACAUCGUGCCAGCUUGGUACCGCGAGAUGGUAGACAUCUGUCUGAGCGAUGAUCCCAGACUGCGGCUGCAAGCUUCAUCGCUCAUGGCUCUGUUUCCCGAACCAGCGGUUGGAGAUGAUGUUGCUCCCCCGUCCAUUUCGGUGGACGACGGUUAUACCAUGCAGGAAUACUUUGUGGAGGACUACCAAGGCAAUGCUCACGCACGGGUCAAGACUGUCCAGCCGGCCCAUGACUGGUCAUACGUCAACCUAGGCCACACCUACGUCGAUCCGACGAGAGGCUUUUCUCAAGACCCAUACUACUAUACGAGAGGGCGGUCUCCUCCGAGCCCGCUUCCAAGUCAUUACGGGCGCUGUGAUUCACCUCACAUGGGCCGUAACGUAUCGAGCUGGGCGGAGGCCAGGAACAUUGCACCGUCGUACAGCGACGUCGGAGGAGACGAGAUGGAGGAUCGCAAGAGCGCAACACCAACGACCAGUAAGGACUCCAUAGCGACACCCGAGUUGAUGGACGAGACGAGCAAGUCAAUGCAACAGAGGCUGGAGGAGCUACAGUGGACACCCCUGUCCAACGAUUUAGCCGCGUUGGAUCGGGCUGAACUCGAUCAGACGCCAGGACAAGAGGACAAGAGACUUGUUGGAGAGGAGCCCGCCGGGGUUGUCUCCGAGAAUGAGCUGACGGAGCUGCACGCUUCCGUCGACCCUGUCGCAUCACCGCCAACCGUAGCAAGUCCUCUAACAGUCAAGAAUAGCAAUACAGACGUGGAGGACGCGGCAGGAGACCAGGCGGAGGAGGCGGGUCAACUUGAGCGUGAGAACGAGACCGAUCCGAACGGUAAAGGAACAGCAGGGCAAUCAGAGCCCAUUGUAAUGGGGAAAACAGAACCCAAAACCCAACUGAACAGCAACGACAAGAUUUCGAGCGAGUCGGGAGACGUCGUGGCUGCACCACAGCUUGCGGAGCAGGGGGAUCCGGCAGCAACGCCGUUGGCUAGAGCGAACGCUGUGGCAGACCGAAACGUCGCCGCGGCUGAGACCGAGAAGACGGUGGCCACCGUUGCCGAACCGCAGAUCCCGUCUGCACCCGCUACAGAAGUUCCGUCUACAGACGAUGCCACGCCCAAGGCCGGUGCGGAAGUCAAGACAGCAGCACCGUCUUCCCCAGCGGCGGAAGCUCCGGAGCUCAGCGGCGUCGGCGCGGCACACCUCGAUACGGAGGAACAGACGAUGCGGGAGAAGGUGUCUCUCGAGGACGACUUUUUCUCAACGACAGCGGCAACGGCAGCACCAUCAGCGACGAUGACGACAGAAGCCGAGAAAUGA